AUGGCGACGCUAACCGAGACGACAAACGAUAGGUUUCAGCACCACGUCGGUUUCGACAAUGUCCCCAGUGGCGAGGCUACCAAGAACAACACCCUCUCGUUGACCCUCAACGUUCGACACAAGGGCUACCAGGCCCGUCGCAGAUCGCGCAGCUUCAUGGUUGGCGUCGAUGAGCACUCGUACUCUGAUUAUGCCAUUCAGUGGCUGCUGGACGAGUUGGUCGACGACGGCGAUGAAAUUGUUUGUGUCCGAGUCAUCGAAAAGGAAAUCCGCUACAAUGACAAACAGUAUCAAGAGGACGCCGCGAACGUCAUGCAGAACAUUUUGGCCAAGAAUGGUGCCAACCGCGCCAUUAGUUUUGUGCUCGAGUAUGCCGUCGGCAAGUUGCAUGCGACCUUCCAGAAGCUGAUCCAGAUGUACCAGCCAGCGAUGCUCAUUGUUGGCACCAAAGGCCGCUCAUUAGGUGGUAUUCAAGGCCUGGUCAAUUCUCGCAAUUCCUUCUCCAAGUACUGCCUGCAGUACUCACCCGUCCCAGUUGUCGUCGUUCGACCGACGGAGAAGCGGAUUAAAAAGAAGGUCAAGCGUGCCAAUGAUGCAACCCGUCAGACAUACGCGGGAAUGCUCGCCGCCAGCAACGGCCUCCACGAAGCCGACAGCGAGACAAGCAGCACCUACGAACUCGAGCCGCAAGCUUCCCCUGACGAGGAGGCGCACCAGGUCGCCAAGGCUUUGGGGCUGCCUGCCGCCUUUGACCCUACAAUUAAGCCGCUGCGAGACAGUCUACUGCCGAGAUCUCGACCCUCCAGCCCCCACCCCGCCGUAAAUGGCACCUCUGAGCGACCGCCACUUCAAAGGUCGCCAGGCAGCGCCGGCGGUGACACGGAAGAAGAUGAGGAAGAGGAGGAGGAGUUCGAUGUUGUUGACGGCAUGCACGUUCUCAACCAGCAACAGAAGUUGGAACAGCUGCACAAGAUGGAAGUCGGAGAAGCUGCAGCCCUUAGAAAGGGCGUAGACAAUGAAGAAGAAGAGGAAUCGGAUGAAGGCCAGGAACCCAAGGAGGCGUCAUAG